AGGCAUAUGACGACAUUACACCUUUCAUUUGAGUAUAUCAUUGUAAAAAUCGUCUCAGCCACCUCUCAAAAAGUGAGUGCGAUUAAUUGACACAUGCACACACAUACGGAGUAGGCGCGGCGAAUCGCUUCGCCAAAUGGGAUCUAACGCUGUCAUCACCACCAACGCCAGCGGAUAUCAUUCAGCAAGAGUAGGAGGAGGAGAAGCAGUAACAACAACCGCAGCAGCAGCAGCCCGAGCAGAGCGGGGUGAGCAAAACCUUACAGAAGCCGAAAGUAGUGACAGUGGAGUGCUUGGCGAAGCAGCUCCACAAGUUCGAGGGACGCGAGAAACAAUGCUCACCACUCAGAAUCCGAAAAGUGCUAGUGUCUGUUGUGAAGAAGUAUGAAACGGAAACGCUGAGGGCUUAUGUGCCUGAACGAGCAUUGACGUCGGCUAAGGUUUCGCUGGUUGGAGUGGAGAACAGGCCAGUUUACGUGACUUCAAAGAGGGCAAUAAUCUCGCCAGGAGAAGCAGGUGUACCCCUAACUGGGAGUUGCUCUUCGAUUUUCAGGAGAAUCCCACGAUUAACAGCUCAAUUAUGCAAAAUGACAAAAUGCAAAAUGAGAUUAUGACCAAAUCACUGGGCGAAGAGGCAGAAGUUAAAACCUUAAGCCAGAAGACAGUGAAUGUGGGCAAUGACUUACAUAAGAUCACGACUCUAGAGCGUGCUGAGACGUGCGCUGAAGGCCUGGUGCAAUCUAUGCCAGGUGCACAUGACGGUCCGGUUAAAGAAGGGAUACGAAGGAACUCAGACAGCGAUGAUUCGUUUAACGGUAACCGCAAAGUUACGUUUGGACGUUCGCGAUGCCCAUUGAGAGCCGUCCCACGAGUGAAUAAAUAAGCGAAGAAAUGCUACAAGUAUUUGAGCUCUGGACAUUUGGCAGGAGCUUGCAAAGGUCUGGAUAGAUCCGGGAUGUGCCGGAAAUGCGGUGAAACGAGUAAUCUUGCGAAAGACAGGUGGCUUCAAAUACCUUGCCUACAAGAGGGCUACUGCAGACCGGUAAUGGAGAUAACCCAGAUAAAUCGAAAUCAUUGUGACACCGCACGGCACAUGUUGUAGCAAUUUACGACAGAAACUAUGUGUAACGUCGCUUUGAUUACAAAGUCGUAUCAAGUUCCCCCUGAUAACGGUAGCGGGGUGGCGGAUAGCAAGGGAAAGGCUGCGAUAGAAGUUAUGGGUAUAUUCCCCAUUCAAGAAGUGGUAGAACGCUCAUUGGUGAUCGCCAAAAUCCACGGCGUCUUCCUGUGCAAUUAUUACGCAUCUCCAGGUGGAUAGUUGAGUAGUUCAGUCUAAUGCUGGAGCAGUUAACAGUUGAUCGGUCGAAAGCCGGUAAUCAGUGCUGGUGACUUCAAUGCCUGGGAUGUUGAGUGGAGCAGUAGAUUAACCAACACAAGCGGAUGUACCCUGCAGGAAUCUUUAGCGAAGUUAGAUGAACGAUUAUACAGUGAAGGUUCCGUUAGCACAUUUCGGAGAGACGGGAGAGAGUAUUAUGGACGUCACGUUCUACAGUCCUUCACUGCCGGCGAAUAUGAACUGGAGAGUAUGCGAAAGAUAUACCCAUAGCGAUCAUCAAGCGAUUCGCUACCGUAUCAGCCGAAGGAACCCUUCUGUAACAUGGUGAAGGAUGACCGGUGAUCGAAAGUGAAGGGCGAAAUCCUUCAACAAAGACCUCUUCGUUGAGGCACUUCUUUCGGAUAAUGGAAACGAUCUAACAAGAAGGAUUGUGACGCCACAAUACCGCGAAAACUGGAGCCACGCAGUAGACAGCGUCCAACUUACUGGUUUCGCAAAGCUAAGGAUCGCUUUAGCAAGUCAGAUUGCCACAAAGAGCUGUGCCAAGAAGUAGACGCCAAUCCCCGCGUACCGAGUUGUGAUGGCGAAAAUGCAGGAUCGACGCCAGACGAAAUAUGCCCGGGUAAGUUCGCAGAUUAUCGUUGAAGAACUAUUCCCCUAGAACAAUCCAACUGGCUGGAUACCGACACAGUACGACGAAGGAAAAGGGCUAAACACGGAGGAUCGGCAAGUGACUAAAAACGAGCUCGCAGAAGUGUCGAGGCGACUGAAAUCCCGGUAUGGAUGGAAUACCAAACGGGGCGCUACCAGCUGCGAUCCUAGCAUAUCCGGGCAUGUUCAGGAUGGUGUUGCAGUAGCAUUUAGAAGAUGGUAACUCCCCAGAAAUAUGGGAGGUACCGAAGCAAGUGUUGCUGCCAAAGCCAGGAAAGUUUUCGGCCGAUUCUGCUGAAUACACUCGGAAACUUCUCCUCAUCUUUAACAGGCUGACGAAAUGCACGAAGGGCGAGCAUGGACUGUUCAAGAUGCAGUUCGUAUUCCGCAAAGGAGUAUCAGACAGUGCUCGAGAGGGCCGAGAAUCCAUCUUAACAGAAGUGAAGAGGAAAUGGAUACUGCGCUGUGGUCACCAUAGACGUGAAGAAUGUGUUCAACAGUGCCGCAGAACUGCACAGAAUGAGUGUUCCCGACUAUCCAUGUCAGAUCUGGAGGAGCUACUUCCAGAGCAGACGCUGGCUGCUGUACGAGACAAACGAUGGGCAGAAGUCAAUGGGAGUCACAGCGGGCGUUUCUCAAGGUUCCAUUUUCGGCUCAACUAUCUGGAACGGGAUGUACGAUGGGGUCUUGACAAUGCGGCUACCCAGGAAUGUAAAAAUCGAGCGUUUCGCGGACGACGUGUUACUAACGGUGAUGAGUGAGACACUUUUAGAAAUGAAAGGGGUAGGUCACAAAAACAAUAGACGCGAUCGAGAUCUAGCCGAACGCGGUCAAGCUACAGAUAGCUCACCACAAAAAGCAGGUGUUGUUGAUUUGCAAUUGCAAAGCAGUUCUGUGGAUGCAAAUCGACGCCAUGGAUGCAGAUCGAUCGCAUCGAAGCGUGCACUGGAGUGGAAGUGAUAUAACCAUCAACAAUUACGUCGGCUACGCCUGCGAAACGUCGGCGAAGACCACGAAAGCGAGGAUCAUGCCAGAAAACUGCGGUCCGAGAAGCAACAGGAGACCUGUGCUAGCUAGUUUUUCGUCAUCGAUAUUGCGAUAUGUGAUCUCUACCUAGUGAGCGCGUACAGAACAAUAUCGUCAGAGGCAGUAUGCGUUAUCGCCAGGAUGAUCCCCAUCUGCAUCACCCUGGCGGAGGAUGUCGAGUGCUACAAUCGGAGAAACACCACGAGAAACGUGAAAAUCAAUUCGAUGGGAAGGUGACAGCUGAAAUGGGAUAAGACGGAGAGAGGUAAGUGGACCUAAGGGCUCAUCCCAAACUUGUCGAUGUGGGUCAAGAGAAAGCGCGGAGAGGUGAACUUUCACCUGACGCAGCUCCUGAAGUAUCUUCAUCGGUUCGAGCACACUACGCUACCGUUUUUCUUCGAAUGUGAGAACAUCGAGAGGACAUCGUAGCAUGUUGUCUUAGAAUAUCCGAGGUUCGAAGCGACUUGCAGCUAAAUGCUUGAAAUGAAAUGGGAGGACCGGACAACUCGGAUAAUGUCGUCUACAGAAUGAUAAGCGACGUAAACACGUGGAACGUGGGCAACAGAGUGGCGACGCAAAUCAUGAUCGCAUCACAGCGAAAAUGGUGUGAUGAACAGCGAGCAACUCUUUCGGGAGAGCCAUCACCGGCGGGAAACUCCGUUGGAGUAAGCUAGAUCCGCCCGCGGGACUAAAUGGAGUAGUUCGUGAACGAGUUGUAAGUUGAACGGUUGAACGAGAAAGUGGUGCUAAAUGGCACGAGAAGAGAGCCAAAAGGCGGUAGAGUUGCGGUGCUGAAUAGCACAAAGGGGCAGUAAAUUGAACAAUCUGUAGUUAUAUAUCUCUUGUUUUGACGUGAGUGUUUGUAUUUUUUUCUUUUCUUAAGGAUUUUUAUGGACGUGUCCACUGGAAAACAGACAGAGAAAGAAUUACCGGAACGGUGAAAAUGAAGAAACAGUGAAAAUUCACCUUUUUAUUGGAAACACUGAGAAAAGAUAUGUCCUCAAGCAGGAAUCGAACCUGCGAUCUCCCAGUCUCUAGUUGAGUGCGUCAAUCACUCCGCCAUCGAGGAACUGUGAUGAUGUCAUCAUAUAUUCCCAAUAGUAUUGUGAUCUCCGCCACAGCCUCCAAUACCUCCCAAUUGACCUAUCGACCCCCAAUGUCUCCUAUAAGCAGAUCGUCACCACUCCCUCUCAUCGAUCGGGCCAAAUCUCUCUCGUUAUCUAUUUUUAGGUCCAGUGGGAUUGCGCUCAGGCUCAAUGGAGCCAAAAGGGGCAGUAAAUUGACCAAUCUGUAGUUUACCACCCAGAUUUUCCUCGUAAAGGAAGAGCACUACCCUAAUAAAAAAAAUAUGCACAAACCUUAACCCAUAUAAUCCAACGAUUCCACAUAUUGUUUGGAUUAUACCCUGCACAGGUCGUUAGGCUCUUGGAGCAUAAGAUGUUUAGGGUAAUUCUCGACCAACAGCUAGUUUUCGUACUGCCAUACAGAAAUGGCGUACCUUGUGUGAAUGAUCGAUAACUGGUGAUGUAUCGAGGAGUGAUGAUCUAAUCCUGUUGAAGGAAUAAACAACCCCUCACCGAAGUAAUGCCGUAAGGUAGGAGGAACUGAGGAGCAAUCUGGUUCGGUGAUAAGAGCAGUUGUUUUAGCGGGCCGAGGUGGCUCGCCAACCCCGUUCCCUUUCAGGGUUGCUUUGAAAGUACCUUUAAAAGGGUUACACUUUUCUUCGAACUUAUUUCGUUGAAGAAAAUCAACUAUGAAAAGUUCCAGGAUUUGGGUAGGUGUUAGCUCGAUUGAAUUCCGAUGGCCCAUUUUGUAUAAAGGGUAAAGCAUGUUCCGAAGCUAUCAUUACAUCAACCAACCCCGCCCCAAUAUAAUGCUUGAAAUGGAUUUGAACAUAAAAAAAUGUAUUUAAUGUAUCUAUUUGAUGUUUAUAUAUAAAUAAGUUAUAUUUGGUGGAUCUUAUCAGAAUGUUCAUCACUUUUAUUAUUUUUUUACAUUGUCUUCCUACGAGUGCUCUUACUAUGAAUACUUUCAUUGCACAUCAUGAAUAUUCUGUUCUAAUGUUCAAUUUAGGCUGCCUGCCAAUUUUUAGCCGAAAUGCUAAUGAUGGGACUAUCAAGAAUACAUCAAACAACCACAACCCUUCGACACCAGUUUGGACGCGGGUGGCGUCGUGAAAACUGUCGGAUAGUAGUUGAGAGCAGCUUGAAGCAAAAUCUGCUGUUGUUCUAAAUGUAUAUACUUCAAGACAACAUGUCUUGUAUCCGCCAUCGAGCCUAGUGUACAUACCGUUAAUAAUUAGACUCACUGCUCUCUCUUCACCGACAUCUAAAUAUUUGAAAUCCAUGUCUCAAAAAUCUGUAGAUGGAUUACGUUAGUAAAAUCAUCUCCCAGUCAACUAUCAGCCUUAUAUUACGAUCGCACUACAGAGUUAAAACACGUUAUAAUAAUUAGCAGCAAGAAAAAUGUCAUCUAGAUAGUGUUAAAACACGUUUUAAGUCGUAAUGUGAACGUAGUACUAUUCUGCGUUACGACAGAUCAUAUUUUCGAACGAAUGUCGUUCGAUCGAAGCAGGCUUUCGUUUGAUUUUGUUAUUGUUGUAAAUAACAUUCGUUCCAAAAAGUGAUCCGCCGUAAUGCAUAAUCAGGCUGUAUAAUUUACUAAUUAUGGAACGUUCGAAUAAUAUUUCUAAUUAUUAUAUAACUAUUCUCACUAACUCCUUCUGAAAUAGCUGUCAUUUUCCCAACAUUCAAUCAAUUCACUAUUUUACCCACUUUGCCUCGACUCGAGAGUGAUCCAACAGCUUCUCUCCCAUUUUCCCAGCACAAAAUUUCUCGCACAUACUACGAACCUAAGUACACCUACUAGCUGUGUAGUCUCACCACCGCCGUCGUCGUCGUCGUUAGCUUAAAAUAUUAAAUUUCAGAUUUUCUUUCGCUUCGAGCUGGCAAAGUGGGAGCUGAGCGUAUUUUCCAUUCGCUGCUCGGUUGUACCGAAAAUGAAAGAAAAAUUAUGUCUUAAUGAACGGUUGUAACCUUGUGCCCCAAUCCAAGUGGGAUACGUCGGUGUUGUUACCUUACGCGAACACGACUUGAGACCUUCGAUCCGAUCGGAUUUUUAUGUGUGAUUCCGGUGGUGUGAAUUUCAAUUUUAGCGGUUUUUAAGAAUAAAAAAAAUCAUUCAGUGAAAGUGUAAAAUUAUCUCAGACACGGUUACAAAGUGUGCAAAGCACAGAAAGUCAAUUGAAUAGUGAAAAGAGGAAAAAACAGAACAGUCAUGAGUAUCACGGAAAUUAGCACAACGGCAUCGACGUCUUCGUGUGACACGGAUUGCCACUACAGUAAUUAUCAGCCGAAGGCGCCUGUUAGGAAGAAACGAAUUAUGACCAUCCUGAUGAGAAUAAGCAAGGCUACUAAAUCGUUGAUGACGCUGUCGACUAACCGGCCACUGUACGAGGAGGAAUGGUUCCACGGGGUGUUACCCCGUGAGGAGGUGGUCCGACUGUUGCGCAACGAGGGUGACUUUCUGGUUCGCGAAACGACCCGGAACGACGAAAGCCAAACCGUACUGAGUGUCUGCUGGAACGGACACAAGCACUUUAUCGUGCAGACGACGGCGGAGGGUCACUUCCGCUUUGAGGGUCCAGCAUUUCCCAGCAUACAGGAGCUGAUCAUACACCAGUACCAGUCGGAGCUACCGGUGACGGGUCGUUCCGGGGCGGUACUCCGCAAGCCAGUAUUAAGGGAACGGUGGGAGCUUAGCAACGACGAUGUGAUACUCUUAGAUAAGAUCGGCCGGGGAAACUUUGGUGACGUGUACAAGGCGAAGCUAAAGUCCUCCAAGAAUACGCUGGUCGCGGUCAAAACCUGCAGAAUGACACUUCCCGAGGAACAGAAGCGAAAGUUUCUGCAAGAGGGACGCAUCCUGAAGCAGUAUGACCAUCCGAACAUCGUCAAGCUGAUCGGAAUCUGCGUACAGAAGCAACCGAUUAUGAUUGUGAUGGAAUUGGUCUCCGGGGGCUCGCUACUCAUGUUCCUUCGGAAAAACUCGGCAACGCUAGUGCAGAAGCAAUUGAUGGCCAUGUGUCGCGAUGCGGCUGCAGGAAUGCGAUACUUGGAGUCUAAAAAUUGUAUCCACCGGGAUUUGGCCGCCCGUAACUGUCUUAUUGGAAGUGAAAAUAUCGUCAAAAUUUCCGAUUUUGGAAUGUCUCGCGAGGAAGAAGAAUACAUUGUGUCCGGUGGCAUGAAACAGAUCCCGAUCAAAUGGACCGCACCGGAAGCGCUUAAUUUCGGUAAAUACACCACCCUGUGUGACGUUUGGUCCUACGGUAUUCUGGUGUGGGAGAUCUUCAGCCGAGGGGACACACCGUAUUCGGGUUUGAGCAAUUCGCGCGCUCGGGAACGCAUCGACGAGGGUUAUCGUAUGCCAGCGCCGGAGAACACCCCACCGGAAAUGUACCGACUGAUGCUCAAGUGCUGGUCCUACGAACCGGAGAAUCGGCCCCACUUUGAUGAAAUCUUCACCGUCGUGGAUGCGCUGAUACUGUGUGCCAAGGACUAGCGUACGGCCCCCCAAAGGGCAAGCGCCGGGCCACAGAAUCACAGGUCGAAACAGUGUCUUUCCUGCAGCCGGAAGCUGCCAUCGGAUGCUGGCAGAAAGCAUCGACGACGGCAGAAGACAUCAGCGCCCAUCGUGGGAUCUAGAUAUCUCUGCUCGUCGGUGAUGAUGUUUGCUGCUAAAGCUUGAACGCUGGAUAGAAACUGUUCAGUUUUUAUUUUAAUUGUUGUUUUAACUUAUUUCUAAGUUGGCAGAGUUUUAGGUUGAAUAAAACCGUUAAAGAUUUUAGUUACUGCAAACGCCCUACAACGAACAUUAUACGCAAGUGCAAAUGAAACGAGAUUUGAUUGAACGGUUAUUUAGGUAGGUAGCUAGGUUUGUUUACAGUAAACGAGUAGGAGUUCGAAUGUGGCCAAAAAAGCUGAGAAAUGCUUGCUUAGAUAGGAGUAUGUUGUGAUACGAAGGGAAUUUCAUCUAUCGAUCUUGUUAAGCAGUUUAUUAGUAAAUCAUUCAAAAAAAAAUCUAUCAUGACGCAUAAUCUUAACCAGUAAAGUGGCUCAUUAAUAGUCGAUUCGAAUAUAAGUUAGGCCUUAUAAACUGUAAUAAUAAAACGCACACAUGUUUUGGUAAGUUUUAAGGUAAAGGUCACUACAAUAUAGUAUAAUAAUCAAUAAUGGUUUCCUUAACCGUGAUCCGUGGCAACAGGACCCAUUAGAAACACAAAAGCGUAUUUAAUACGGUAACCUAUGCUGAAAAAUUGCUUAGUUGGGAAUAUUCUACAGUAACAAACGCUACUCUGCCGAUCGAACAUUGUAUGUAAUUAGGUUUUUGAAUUCAAUCUUGCUGCAAAUUGCAAAUCAAAAACAGUCCGUAAUAAUAUUUACAAACAUUAAAGGUAUCGAUACAUAUUUUAUUACAAAAA